AGAACGUCAAGUAUGCGCUUCAUUUGUUCAUAAUUGGAAAAUGGCAUUUUAUAUGAAACAGUUUUUAUCAAAUAAUGUUUGACUAGACAUAAUUAAUGGAUUUUAUACUCAUAAUCUAUGCUCAUGUGUUGUAAAAAUUAAUUAAUUUAUGUUUACAAUUAAAUGACAAUUCAUUUUGCGCAUUUAAGAAGCAACACGCGUUCACAAGCGUUAGUUAGCUGACUUACAGCACUGUAGGGAAGAACUGAGAUGUGCGCAGUUCACUUCCUUUAAGAAAAGUUCUGGCUGGUUUUUAUUCAUGAUCCAUAAUUUUUGCACUUCUGUAUAAAACAUGGCGCCUAAAAAAAGGUCUCGAGGUAAUGCGAGGUCCAAUAAGCAAAAUUUAUCUGAGGUUGAAGAUGGUGAAGGAGGAUCUGGGAAAAAGUCUGAGUCCCAGAAUAGCAGGAGUUCAUCUUUAGAGAAACCUGCCUACACCAACUGGCUGAUGAAAUCUGAACCUGAGAGCAGGGUGGAGAACGGAGUGGAUGUGAAGUUUGGGAUUGAGGACCUGAAAGCUUGCCCGAAUCAAACAUCCUGCUGGGAUGGAGUGAGGAAUUAUCAGGCUCGUAAUUUCAUGAGGGAUAUGAAAGUGGGUCAGCAGGCUUUCUUUUACCACAGCAACUGUAAAGAGCCUGGAAUAGCAGGAAUUAUAAAGAUCGUAAAGGAAGCGUACGUUGACCAUACUCAGUUCGACAAGAAAGACGUGCAUUACGAUCCUUCCAGCAAACCUGAAAACCCUAAGUGGAGUAUGGUUGAUGUCCAGUUUGAAAGGAUGACCAGGCGCUUCAUUCCCUUGACUGAGCUGAAGAAAUAUCACCUGAAGCACAAGGGCAGUGGAGGAGCUCUCAGUAACACGGCCCUAUUCACCAGAGCUCGGCUUUCAGUGCAGCCUUUAACUGCAGAGGAAUUUGACUUUGUCUUGAGUUUGGAAGACACAGACCCCCUAUGAGGACAAAAUCAUCUAUUAUAUGCUUAUAUAUGAUACAUAAUAAUCCAAUCCCUGUAUUAAUUUGUUAAUAAAAUGUUUUGUGUUAAAGGAAAAAUCAAGGUAACCAUAGUGUAAUUUGUUGUAUGUUCAUUUUAUAGAUGUAUUAUAUUAUCAAAAUACUUUUCGAAUGAAUUAAACAUCAAAUCAUGAAGUUAUCAGACCACACCGUGCUUUUUUAAAACGAGGAACAAAUUGAUCCCGGAGUUUAUUUCGAGUGUGGCUGCUUAUCCAAGUGUUUAUUGUGCAAAAGUGCUUUCCAUCGUCACAAAACACAACAGAACUGCUCAACCUGAGAUGAGACAUGAGGAGCUCAGAGUAACACCAAUCAGAAAUAUGACCCUUGGUUCACCUGUCAUUCCUAAUGCAAUGUGUCAAUAUAUUAUAUUUGGAUUUAAGCAAUCACAUAGUAUCACAGAUAAAAAAAAUAAAUAAAAAAAAAAUAAACAUUA